GGAAAAAUAAUAUUACGAAUCAGUGCUCUGAUACAUUAAAACCGUUGUCUUUUGCGAUCGCAAGUAUUAUCAUAAUUUAUUUUUAAGCUUUUGCGAAUGUUUUAAAAAUGAAAAAGUUAUGGGUUGCCUCACUUGCAAUAUGUAUUUCAAUGAUAACAGCCGAAAAUUUGACACAUUGUACGACUCGAGAAUGUGUAAAGGAUAAUUUGGAAUUCGAGCUAGCUUUACUGUAUAAUAUGAACCAGAGCGUCAAUCCCUGUGAUAACUUUUAUGAAUUCGCUUGCGGUAAUUUUGAUAACGUUCCUAAUGAUUAUGUACGAACUGUACACCAUGAUUUUAGUUACCCAGUGGACUCUAUAACUCAAAAAGUAUAUUAUUUAAUAACAAGUGAUCAAUUGGAUUCACCCACGCAAUUUAAAUUCCUGAGAAACUUCAUGACUUCUUGUGAAAAUUUCAGGUUCAAUAUCAAUAUUCAAAAUUUUAGCAUCGAAAAAGACAAAUUGGAUGAUUUAACUGAAGUGAUUUCUAAACUGGGCGAGUGGCCUGUUGUAAAAGGCCCCAAAUGGAACAGAACUGACUUCAAUUGGGUUGAUUUUGAAUACGAAGCAGGCGAACUCGGGGCCGGUACAAAUAAUUAUCUUGCUCUCAAGAUUCAUCUAGAAAAAGGAGGUAUGCUCUGUUAUUUGGAUUCACCAAAAUUUGAAUUUUUAUAUAAAGAUAUAGAAAAUCAAUGGAAUAAUUCUAUGAUCAAUGCUUAUUAUAAAUAUAUGGUCGAUGUUGCUAAACUUCUUGGCGCCAAUGAAACACAAGCGAAAGUGGAACUCAUGGAAUCACUGGAAUUUGAAUUGAAACUCAUCAAUAUAAGCACUAACAAUAACAUAUCAUCAAAUAAUACUAUUAACAAUAGCAGAAUGUCGCUAAAGGAAAUUAAAGAAAAGUGGCCAGGCAUACAAUGGGAGGAAUUGUUUGCUAUGCCGAACAAAACGCAAACGCCACCUAACUUCACAAAUGAAUCGAUAAUUUUUAUAAAAAAUUAUCAUUAUAUAACUAAAUUAGAAAAAUUAAUGAAUGAAACUCCUAAAAGAGUGCAAGUGAAUUACGUCGUAUGGAAGACAAUUCAAUUAUUAAUCCCCUAUGUCGACUCUACAACUCUCCAUAAACUUCGACAAACUUAUUCUCAGAUUAAAAACCCAUCAAAUGUCUCUAAUAAUGAGCCGUGUUUCUAUCAACUUUACAAUUUAUUGCCAAAUCAAAUGAUCUACUAUUAUUUACGCCGUUACCCGGUCAACGAACGAGCCCAGCAAAGUGUAACUAAUCAGUUCAUUGAAAAUAUAAAAAAAAAAUUUUUAGAUACUCUGAAUAACACCAAUUGGUUGGAUGAUAAAACCAAAGAUGUGCUAAAGACCGAAAUAAAUUCGUUAAAAUUUAUCGUUGGUUAUUCUGUCGAACUUUUCGAUGAUAAAAAAUUGGAUGAAUAUUUUCAAGGCCUGGAAAUCACUCCUGACAAUUUUUUAAAAAAUUAUUUGAACAUAAAAUCAUUCGUUAAUAAAAAAAAUAUCGAAAUAUUAGUAAGUUCUAAGAAUUCAUUUGAUUGGAUGAAGAUUACUGGAGUAACCAAUUUGUGGAAAGAGAGUGCUUUCAAUUUCCAAUAUUCUAAUGCUAUUGUUUUAGGGAUCGAAUAUCUGAGAAAUUUAUUCUUCAGUAUUAAUCGUCCAGAUUACACCAACUUUGGCUCAAUUGGGACCAUUAUUGGGCACGAGAUAGGGCAUACUAUCCAUGUUUCUUACGACGCUGUUAAUAAGUUCGGGAUAAAAGACAACGGGUGGAGUGCAUCGGCAGAUAAAAAAUUCAGCGAAAUAGAAGAGUGCUUAAUUGAGCAAUACUCGAAUUAUUCUUAUAAAGAUACUGAAAAAAAACUUAACGGUUCAUUCUAUUUGAACGAAAAUAUUGCCGACCAUAUUGGUAUACAAGUCGCUUAUUCUGCAUAUCAAGAUUGGGUCAAAAAGCAUGGACCCGUAGCAAAUUAUCCUAGCUUGCCUUAUAAUUCAAAUCAAUUGUUUUGGCUAUCGUACGCCAACACCUACUGCAAAUCAAAGUCAUCAUUGCACGAUGUGGAUUUUACGGAUCCCCAUGCUCCAUCGGAUUUACGUGUUAUUGGACCGCUUUCAAGCAGCCCAGAUUUUUCGAAAGAUUUCAAUUGUCCCUUAGGCUCUAACAUGAAUCCAGUUAAAAAAUGUAGCGUGUUUUAGGAAAAAUUAUCAAAAUUUUUUUGUAUUAUUACAAAUUGCUGAUAAAAUGAAUGAAAUAUUAAACAGAUGUAAAAGACAAAUAUUUUACUUUUCGAAAGGAAAUAAAAUAAACCAAUAAUAGAGGAGGGUGGGGCAAGAAGGCCCUCCUCCAAAAAAUAAUCAAUUUUUUUUUAAAUUGUUUUCGACGUUAAAAAUGUAUUUCUUUCUCUUGACAAUUAUUGUUACUUUUAUGCCACUCAAAAAAAUUUUUUAAGCUGUAAUAAAUCGU